CAUAUCAAAGCAAUAUAGCUUUCUCUCUCUCUCUCUAUAUAUCACUCUCCAUCUGAAUAUUUCUCCUCUCUUUUUACUCAUUUCCAAAUAAAUGGCUUCCUUUAAAUCAUCUCUUUCAUUUAUACUACUGAUUGCUCUUCUUGCUGCUAGCUUUAUGGUGGUUGCCAAUGCUGGUAACUUCAACCAGGACUUUCAGAUAACAUGGGGAGACGGUCGAGCUAAGAUUCUCAACAAUGGCGAGCUUCUUACUCUCUUACUUGACAAAGCCUCUGGCUCUGGCUUUCAAUCCAAAAAUGAAUAUUUGUUUGGCAAGAUUGAUAUGCAGCUCAAGCUUGUCCCUGGAAAUUCUGCUGGCACUGUCACAGCCUACUAUUUAUCCUCAAAAGGGUCAACCUGGGAUGAGAUAGAUUUUGAGUUCUUGGGGAACUUGAGUGGUGAUCCUUACAUUCUUCACACCAAUGUCUUCAGCCAAGGCAAAGGAAACAGAGAGCAACAAUUCUAUCUCUGGUUUGACCCAACUGCUGAUUUCCACACCUAUUCAAUUCUUUGGAACCCACAGCGCAUUGUCUUCUCUGUAGAUGGCACUCCCAUCAGAGAGUUCAAGAACCAAGAAUCCAACGGUGUUCCGUUCCCAAAGAACCAACCAAUGAGGAUCUACUCAAGCCUUUGGAAUGCAGAUGAUUGGGCCACAAGGGGUGGGCUUAUCAAAACAGAUUGGAGCAGAGCUCCUUUCACUGCUUCCUACAGGAACUUCAAUGCCAACAAUGCUUGUGUUUCAUCAAAUGGAGCUUCUUCAUGCAGCUCAUCAACUAGCAACGCAUGGCUCUCAGAAGAGCUUGAUUUAACGAGGCAGGAGAGGCUGAGAUGGGUGCAGAAAAACUACAUGAUCUAUAAUUACUGCACUGACGCUAAGCGAUUUCCCCAGGGCCUCCCUACAGAAUGCAAGUCAUAAAUGGCUUAAAUUAAACCCAUGUUUUAAUUCUUUAAUCUAAAAUUCUUUUGUUCUUUUUCCAUGCGUACCUUAUUCAGUGUAUUUUUUGUUGUAAUAUAACUUCACGUUCUAAUAAUAUAUACCCUUCCUCAUCC